AUGGCUCUCAACCAACGGCAAGUCGAAGUCCUCACGAGGAGAGAGGGCUUCGAUGUAGCCGGUCGCAUGUCUGGAGAGUCAAAAGCCUCUCUGUCGUUCCAAUACCGAUGGGAAUAUAUUCUCACGUCAGUUCCAGUGGCGCUGAAUGCUCUCGGUGCUUGUGCUGUUGCUACAGGCUCUCAGAAGGCCAACACCACCUUUGCACCACCCAAAGAAGGAUUCAAGCACUUGAGUGACUUUGCCGGAGUCAAGCUCCACACCAACCUCUCGAAGUGUGUCGACCUAGGUCGAUUUGCCUCUAUGGAGACCGAAAAACAGAUGAGCAAGAUCAACAUGUUUUCUGAGACUUCUUGGAAUUAUGCAUCUCUGGACCGCUUGAAUUCCUCCAAGGAGAUUGACGGCAAGUUUAGAGACUGGAUUAACCAUGCUUGCGAGCUCCAUCGGGCCUGUGUCGCAGCGGAACCAACUUCAGAAGACCAGCAAGUCUUGAAGGACAUCGAAUUAGCUGUUGCCGGGGCGUCAAUCGACUACCAGCAACAGAUUUCUAGUUCCAGAAAUCCUUGGAGGCAGCGAAUGAGGCAUUCAGAAGAGCUUCUGAUGGGUUACCCAAGGGCCAUGCCUACUCCAAGCGCAAGUAAGCCCAAGGAUGCAGAUGAUCCUGCCUACAGCCAGAUCGUGCGUGACUUGAUCUACUGGGAGCUACUCAGCACUGCAUUUGUUGGCACCACCGAUGGUAUUGCUUGGGACAGGACUGGCCAGGUUGCGACUUUCGCAGCGAAGAUGCUUGCCCAUUCGCAGAAGUCUUUUGGCUCUCUCGCAUCUGGUUCAGAGCCUAGUCAGCAGUACAAGUCUGCCUUGGAUUCCGUUUGCAGGAUUGCGAACGGAAUUAUGACCGAAGUAGAGCAAUCUGACAAGUCAAUGGGAUACACUGCACCUAGCAAGGACUCCGAGGCUGUCAAAUCUUGGCAGAGGGACUUCCUAAGUAAUUACGCGACGGUGAUCACACUGAACGCUACCGCCAAGUCUUUCCUGGGGUCAAUUGCGAAUGGGAGCACUGUGUCAAGCCAGCGCGGUAAUAUGGAUAUUGAAACAGUACAGGUUCAUGCCAAGACCGCCCAAGCCCAGGCAGUCGUCGAAUCCGCCAAGACAAGGCUACACGCAGCGUCUGAAGCACUGGCUGCUACCCGAGAGACCAACCAAAACUCCACUGGAAUUCUGUUUGAGCAGCAAGAAAGACUGAAUCAUGUCAACGCCAAGAUGGAGAGUCUCAAGAACUCUGCCCCGGAAAUGAUAAUCUUAGAACGCGAUCAUGGGAAUGAAGAUCAAGACCGAGACUGUGACCCCGUGCGGUUCUUCAACGCCAUCUCGGUCGCCGUUCGAUUUGUCACGGAAAAAUAUCUCAAUGCAUAUGUUGAUACCAUCAAGGCCGGCAAUGAUGGGGACAAAAUUGGGCCGUAUUCCAUCACUACCAUCAUCCGAUCCUACUUCUCGACCUUUGCCGGCUAUGCUUCAAUGUGGGUCCGGAUGUCGCCAAUGAGUAUUUUCCCAAUGCUGCGUAUGGUCGAAGAACUCUCAUCUUUUGCGAAAGAUGUAAGGAGCAACAUGAAAUUCCUGCGCCCUUCCAUGAAGCUGACAUUCCUACAGGGACAAUCGAAGACCACAAGGAACAUGGGCACCAGGGUGUCUGAGACCAAUGAGAAGAAGCAGUCGCUACCUUCUGUCUCCCCUGAGAUUGCCACGGCCAUAUCUUCUGGCGUUGUGAACUCUAAGAGAGCUGCUCAGCAGGGUAUACGAACUGAAGCAGACCAGAGUCUUUUGGUAAAGCCGCUCGCCAAAGGAAGCGAGUUUUAG